CGCCGCCUCGUUCCUACCUACACCGGCCGCCGCCGCCUCCGCCGAAGGCCACGCCCCGCUGCAACACCCCCGUCCCAGUACCUUCUCUCUAUUCCUAGCGGCCGCAUGGGUUGCCUCCCCCUCCCCGCAGGCGGCCCCACCGUGUGCCUGCGGGGUGGCCGGGACGUCGCCGGCUCGGCCUCCCGCGCUCUACCCCGAGCGACCACUCAUCCCUUUUGCCCGCCUCGCUGUCCAUGUGUGGCUCGGACCCAGAUUUCAUCGCCAAGCCGGAUAGAGUGGGGGGUCGGAGAUGCUCUGAACUUCAAGUGGACGUAUUUUUCUGUGAACAGAGCACACGCAUGCUGUCACAUUGGCUAGAGAUCUCUCCCAGACGAAUCCUACCGCUCCAGGUAGUAACUCUUACAGAAAUCAACUAUUUUUCACUAGUCACAUUUGGUCUCUUCUGCUGCUACCUGCUAGAGUUACUAGUAAUGAUAUCUUAAGAAUACUUAACUUCAAGUGGAGUCAGUGGGUGCAUUUUUCUAUGAGCACACACAUGCUUUCACAUGGCGGCCUCGGCGGAGUUUCUCACAUGGUGAAGGAAUAUUUGGUGAAUGCCGAAGUGGCCGACCAACAGCAUCGAGGUGGGCGGAAAGUGAACACGCUCUCGUCCACUUGCCUUUGAUCUGAAUCUGCACAACCCCACACCAUUUCUCCUCUGCAUAGCACUUGUGUUUCCUGUGGCUGUGUGUGUGUGUGUGUGUGUGUGUGUGUGUGUGUGUGUGUGUGUUCUUGUGAGCUAGGAGCCGUGAGAGCAACAAUGGCGGAGUUUGUAGUCAAACCACUGGUAUCCAUGUUGACGAACAAGGCGUCCAGCUACCUGCUGGACCAGUACAAGGUGAUGAAUGGCAUGGAGGAGCAGCGUGAGACCCUCAAGCGCAAGCUUCUGGCGAUCUUGGAUGUCAUCCAAGAUGCGGAGGAGAAAGGAGCUUCCCGACCUGGAGUGAGUGCUUGGCUCGAAGCACUCAAGAAGGUGGCCUAUGAGGCGAACGAUGCCUUCGACGAGUUUAAGUAUGAGGUGCUCCGGCGUGAAGCCAAGCAGAAGGGACACUACAAGAAGCUUGGCUUUGACAUCGUAAGCAUCUUCCCUGCUCACAACCCAAUUGUAUUUCGUUACAAGAUGAGUAAGAAGCUGUGCAGAAUUGUGCGCAAAAUUGAGGGCCUUGUCAGAGAAAUACAUGACUUUAGAUUCAACCAAACUCAGCAAGCACCACCAUCCAAGCACUGGCGCAACACAGAUUCCAUAGUACUUGACUCUGAGAAGGACAUUGUCAGCAGGUCCAGAGAUGAAGAGAAGAAGAAGAUUGUUAGUAUAUUGGUUGAUCAAGCUAGUGACAGGGACCUCAUUGUCCUACCCAUUGUUGGAAUGGGUGGGUUGGGCAAGACCACCUUUGCUCAGCUUGUCUACAAUGACCCUGAAAUCAAGGAGCAUUUCCAGCUCCAGAGGUGGUGUUGUGUGUCAGAUGAUUUUGACGUUGCUAAGAUUGCAAGCAAUAUCUGUCAGACCAAUGAGAUCAAUCGUGAAAAGGCACUGCAGAACCUUCAAAAGGAAGUAAGUGGGAAGAGAUACCUCAUUGUGUUGGAUGAUGUAUGGAAUGAAGAUGCUGAUAAGUGGGAAAAACUCAAGACCUGCCUGAAGCACGGUGCCAAGGGCAGUGCAAUACUGACGACCACUCGUAAAGCACAAGUAGCACAAAUUAUGAAGAUGUGUAUUGAUGACAGCCACAAUCUUGGAAAUCUGGGUAAAGUAUUUCUGAUGGAAAUAUUUGAGAAUAGAGCAUUUUGUUUGCAAAAGCCAAAGGCUGCUGAGCUAAGCGAUGUGGUUGAAAAGAUUCUGGACAGAUGUGGAGGCUCUCCUUUAGCUGCCAAAGCCUUUGGAUCUAUGUUGAGUAACAAGACUCGCAUGAAAGAAUGGACAGACAUACUAGCCAAAAGCAACACUUGCAAUGAGGACACAAAAACUUUGCCUAUACUCAAGCUCAGCUAUGAUGACUUGCCAUUACACAUGAAACACUGCUUUGCUUUUUGUGCAAUAUUUCCCAAAGAUUAUGAUAUUGAUGUGGAAAUUCUAGUCCGGCUAUGGAUGGCACAUGAUUUCAUACCAGUAAAGGAUGGUGAGAAUCUUGAAAAGGUAGGCAGAGAAAUUUUUGACGAGCUAACUUGGCGAUCAUUCUUUCAAGAGGUCAAGCUAACCCCCCGAGGAACGUACGCAAAAUCCUGGGGGGAGAUCCGUUCCAGAACAGUAUGCAGGAUACAUGAUCUUAUGCAUGACAUUGCCUUGUCUGUUAUGGGAAAAGAUUGUCUUACUAUAGUUGACAGGCCUAAUGAAAAGGAGUUGUUGUCAGCAGGCCCUACUCGCCACCUGUUCUCAUCAUAUGAGAAUAUCCGGACUCUUUUGGAUGAUUAUCUGAAGAAACACUCUCCCACUCUUCAGACACUGUUGUAUACAUAUAGCUUCACUAAUGGCUCGACACCACAUUUGUCGAAGCACAAUCAUCUGUGAGCAUUACAACUCUUUCAAAACUGCAAAUUGACAAAGGCACUCCGACCGAGGCACCUACAACACCUGAGGUAUCUUGAUCUCUCAAGGAACCAGUAUAUGAACGAACUUCCCAAUGAAAUAAGCACACUGUAUAAUCUACAGACCCUUAACCUUACUGGUUGCCGGAAUCUUAGUCGACUUCCAAAUGAUAUGAAGUAUAUGACAAAUCUCCGCCACCUCUACACAAAUGGAUGUACAUCAUUGGAGUGCAUGCCUCCAGACCUUGGGCAACUCACUUCUCUACAGACUCUAACAUACUUUGUUGUGGGUUCUAGUCCUUAUUGCAGUAAUAUUGGAGAACUACGGGAUUUAAAUCUUGGUGGCGAAUUAAAUCUAUCUGGUCUUCAGUAUGUAACUGAACAAGAUUCUAAAGCAUGCAGUCUUAGCAAUAAAAAGAAACUCACACAUUUAUCUCUUGAAUGGAGCGAUGACAGCAGUGGGCAACUGAACCAGCACAGGGAUGUGCUUAAUGCUCUUAAACCCCUUGCUGCGCUCCAGUUGCUAAGCAUACACUGCUAUAGAGGUACUGGCUUCCCGACAUGGGUGAUAAGUCUCAGUUUUCUGGAGCAUUUGACCGAGCUCUGCCUAGAUGGUUGUACAAUGUGUGAGGAAUUUCCCCAAUUUGGUCAAUUUAAGGCCCUUAAAUUCUUGUUUUGAUAAGGUUGAACAAACUGCAAACCCUAUGCAGUCAUAAUCCUUCUGCAGCAUUUCCAGCAUUAAAACACCUCAGAUUAGAAAAAUUGGAGAACUUUCAGAGAUGGGUGGCAACGGAAGGAGAAGAAUUAACAUUUCCUCUGCUUGAGAGUGUUCACUUGAAGAACUGCCCAAAGCUAACAACUCUGCCUGAAGCACCAAAACUCAAAGUUAUAGAUGUAGCAGAAGACAAGGCUCAACUAUCCUUAUCAAUAUUUGAAUCAAGGCACAUGUCUUGCUUGUCUGAGGUAGUCCUGUCUGUCAGCCAUACAGAAGAAACACCAGCACUGGAGGUUGUUCAGGAUCGUGAAGUAUCUCUUUCGAAACUGAUGUUGUAUGGUUGCAGCUUUUUGUUCUGUUGUAGUCCAUUCCAGCCAACGGUUGGGGUCUGGAAAUGGUUUGGUCAGCUUAGGAAAUUGAAUAUCGAAUCUUGUGAUAGUCUCAUCUACUGGCCUGAAGAAGAGUUCCGAAGCUUGGUAGCAUUGGAGUAUUUUGCCAUUGAUCUCUGCAGCAAUCUAGUAGGCCCCACAAAGGUGAAAGAAUAUCAGGCUCGAGGAAGGGGUCAACUCUUGCCAAAUCUGAAAGGACUAACAAUAUACCGUUGUAGAAGCUUGACAGAGCUUUUCAUUCUCCCCCCAUCUCUCAUGUUCAUUGAAAUUAGAUUCUGCAAUAUGCUUGAGUCCAUACUCGGGCAGGAUGAUAGAGAGUUGGAGAGCGUACAAGACUUUGAUACAGCAGCACCAUUGGAACACUGCAGUGAUCUUGCAUCCACAAGUUUGCCAGAGCAGUCAACCUCACCUAGAAUUAAUCAUUUGCCAUGUCUCCAGCUUUUAUUAAUAGAUGGCUGUAAGAAGCUUCAUUUCGUGUCAGCACGGUUGGACGGACUCUUAACUUUGUAUAUUUGGGGUUGUGAUGGGCUGGAGUCGCUGGAUUAUUUGGGAGACCUACCGUUACUGAAAGAACUACAUCUUGAGAGUUGCAAACAUCUGGUAUCUGUACCAGGUAAUCUCGAGAAUUACUCAGCGCUUCGGGAGCUCAUCAUUAAAUACUGCCCAGCUAUAAAUAUGAAGUCACUUCAUCGGGGCCUCCAACGGCGGUUUGAUAGCCUUGAGCACAAGGAUAUAACUCAUGCUGGUUCAUGUGAUCCUGACGAAGGGCCUAAACUGCGGGAACCAAAAUCCUGGAAACAUACAGUUCCUUCACUGCGCAAGUGCGAGUCUGAGUAGAGAUACAGAUAUCACUGGAAUUAAUUUUUGCAUCUUGAAUUCCACCACUUUGGGUUGCUCCUGCACAUGCAAAUGAUCAGCAUAAUAGGUAACUGGCCUCUUCAAGAGAAUCUUCAGUGUGAUGUUUUCCUGUUCGGUAAGCUGUGAUGAAAAUAAGCCUCGAAGACCUGAAAGGCUGAAGCUUGGACAACGUGAAUCCCAAGUUACAGAACUGGAGAGACCCUUUCUUGGGCUGAAGCCAAUUACUUUGUGCAGAACAAGUGUGUCCUUGAACAUGACAUGUCUGAGUUAGUAAGUACACUUGCAGUCAGUCAUUGUGCUGCCGAGCCAUUUGUUUUCAGGAUGUGCAAGUUUGAUGUGCUAAAAGAUUGCUUUGUUGUGUUGCUCUUUCUUGGGCUGAAUCAACCCAUAUUGCAAGA